CUUUAUUCCGAACUUGCCCUGUGAGUGCUCUUUGUUUUCGAAUUCAAUUGAUAGUAUUCUCAAUUUCAAAAUUCUCUUUCUAGGGCUAUACAUACACCCACAGAGCUCCGUUUUUUUACAUUGACUUCUGAAGACCUGUGUUUGUAUCUUCACAAACCCUAAAAAACCGUGCUGUUUCCGAGUUCAAUUGGGGUUGGAUUGUGAUUAUAGUGUUUUUAUCUGAGCUAUGGUGAAAUCGACGGAAAAUGGCGUUUCGCUGCCGCCUUUUCUGCUCAAAUGCUACGAGAUGGUGGAUGAUCAAUCCACGGACGCGUUGAUUUCGUGGGGGCCGGCCGGCGACAGCUUCGUCAUAUCGGACGUGACCGAGUUCGUGAGCGAGUUGCUUCCCAAGUAUUUCAAGCACAAGAAUUUCUCCAGCUUUAUACGGCAACUCAAUAUCUAUGGUUUCAAAAAAGUUGAUACUGAUCACUGGAUAUUUGCAAAUGAUGGGUUUAUCAAAGGCGAAAAGCAUUUGCUAAAGAACAUCAACAGAAGAAAACAGUCCCAGGUGGUGGUUCAGCAGAACCAGUCUCAACAAAAAGGCAAGGGCAAGGAUGUUGGAGAGUGCGAAGAAGCCAAGAAUAAUGGGUUGUGGAAAGAAGUGGAGAGUCUCAAGGCUAACAGGAAUGCCCUCUCGCAGGAACUAGUAAAUCUCAGGCAACACCAGCAGAGUUCACAGAGUAAGAUGCUAAUCCUAAGAGAACAACUCAAGGGCAUGGAGAAAAAUCAACAGCAGAUGCUUUCAUUCAUAGUGAUGGCCAUGCAAAAUCCUGGGUUUUUGGUUCAGCUCCUACAGCCAAUUGAAAAUAAUUGGCGAAUGGCCGAGGGAGGGAAGACUGUACUCAAACCAGUCAUAGAUGAUAAUGAACUUGCAGCUUCCGAUGGAACAAUAGUUAUGUACCAGCCUCCUAUGGAUCAAUCUCCCGAGCCUCUAAGCACCCAAGCUUUAGAUUCUGACGACCUGCUGGAAUGGGAGCUUACUUCUGAUGAAGUGAAGGAACUUCUUAUGAGUAUUGAUCUCACUUCGGGACCUGGGGAUGAAGCAUUACCAUCUCCAGACAGUCACUGGCCAAUCAUUAAUCCAGAUAUGCCUGGCGAUGACAAUGAUUUGGAACAGUUUCUGUUGUCUAGUCAAUCGUGGGAGAAUGAGGAAGACGGUGAACUUCCAGAUUCUGGAGGAGAAAAGGAAUCAACAUCAUCUGAUAAGUUUGAGAUGGAAACAGUAGCGUCUGGAGCUCAGCUGGAUGUAAAUCAGAGUAUGGAAAUUCUAACCGAAAGAAUGGGUUUUCUAUCCUCUGAACAAAACCUGAAGCAUCAGAACAACUUUUAGCUUGAUGAUGAACUUUUGGCAGCACCUAACAGACCUGCAGAGCUACUACAGUUGAUAAUGAGUAGUGUGUGUGUGUGUAUGCAUAUAUAUAUGUAUGUUGAAGUCUACUUGCAGAGCUAUGGAACUGCGAUACUAAGUCUAAGCAUGUUAUGGCAAGAUCUCUUCUACGACAAUUUUUGAGGAAGGGCCAAGGUGGUACAGUGUUUCUUGAAACAUUAUUGUUAAAUUGCUACUAUCAAUUUUCCUUCUGAAAGAUAUAUUCAUCUAUUCAGAAACCAAUUUAAAGGAAGGUUUUACGAACGUUCGUCUUCAUUCAGUAAUGAAAGUUAAAAUAUAUAUUAGUUCUGACCUUUGCUUGUA